UCUACAGUUUUCAAAAAUAUGGAAUGUACUAAAAUUCAUUUUGCGUUGCGAAUUUUUAAUCUUUUUGCAUAAAUAGAAAGCUGAAUAUAAUAUGUUUCGAUCAUCUGAACACAAUUUUUGCAUCCAAUGAGUGAGAUUCAAGAUAUUGAUAAUUAUCUGAUCCAAUGAUCCAAUCCCCUUAAAUUUGAGCAAAAUUUCCAAAAAAUAAUGAAGACUUGUUUUUUUAAGAAAAAAAAACAAUUAAAAAAAUCUUUCUCAACGUACAUUUGAAACAUUAGAUGUAAGUCAGUUACAGUAAAAAUUUCAGCUCAAUCGGAGCAUUGGUUACGGAAAUAGAGAUGUAUGAAGGGGAGCAACUUUGCUUAAAAAUAGAACAAAAAUCGAUUGCAAAUCGACAGCCUUAUAUGGUAAGUCGAAAAAAUUUCCACUCUACUGUAAUUUUUUUCUUCACGUUUUUGAACUCAGAGCAUGAUUCUACACUGAAAAUGAUCAUCAGCUUACCGAUUUCAAAAAUGCUGUAAACUAGUGUUACUAAAGCAAAUGUAUUGCCGAAGCAUUAUCAGUAGUUUUAAGAACACCUUAGCAUCUAGGUAACAUGCGUAAACUAUCUGCCCCAACCAUAAGAAUCAAUUUCAGAACAGUUCUGGGUAGGGCAAUUGGAAAUCACGAUUGACAACCAAGCAGCGUUGACUGGGUUAGUCCAAGGCUAUUUGGUGACAAUGUUGAUUUUUUUAAACAGCAAUAAAAAAGCUAAUGGACAUGACAUAGACAUUCUAACUAGUAGGAGUAUCUGUAGCAGAAAAAAAAGUCCGAACGCACAUGAAACAUACCAAACUGGGUUGGGGCAUUUUCCAAGCUCAAAAUAGGAUCAAUUUCGACCGUUAUGUCUACACAGAGACUGUCCGACCGCUAGUGCGGGGUUCAAUUGGCAUAGGUGAACUGUCUCUCCCUGUGUCGCCCUCCGAUCGGUGGCUAUCAUUCGGCCAGUCAGUCGCAUUUACCCGCCAACAGCUUAUCAGAUUUAUGUGAUAUUUCAUUUAUGUACUUUUAAUUCAUUUAGGUAUUGAUCUAUUUUCGUGCCGAUUGAAGUGCAUGCAACAACGGAGGCAUGAUCUACGACCACAAAAUGAAAACUGUUUUUCAUAUAAAAAGGAAUAAAAUUUUCAACCAAGCAUGCAAUCGGAAAGCUUAGUUCAACGAGUAACGACAAAAAUGGCUCUGAAAGUAAGAAUAAAAUCACCUAUUGUAGUGAGAAUUAUAUACCAAUUAUAUUUUGGAAUUACUUUUGUGUACCUCCAGGUCGCAAUUCUCACUGGAAUCGUCGCAGCAGCUCAGGCUAUUGCCGUGGGAUAUCCUGCUCCAAUUGCGGCGUACCGUCCAGCAUACCCAGCCGUGGCGAAAAUUGCUGCUCCUUAUGACCCAAACCCUCAAUAUAGCUACAGCUACGCCGUUGCGGAUGCCGUCACUGGUGAUAACAAGAGCCAGCAGGAAUCCCGAUCUGGAGAUGUUGUGACCGGUUCCUAUUCGCUGAUCGAACCCGAUGGCACCCAGCGCGUGGUCGAAUAUACUGCCGAUCCCGUCAACGGAUUCAACGCUGUCGUGCAUCGUGGCGCAGUGGCUGCUAAGGUUGUUGCUCCGGUAGCUAAAAUUGCUGCUCCAUAUGCGGCACACCCACUCGCCCACCCCUUGGCUCAUCCCUUGGCACAUCCGUACGGUCACCCAAUCCUCGGUUAAUUGAGGAUCUGUAUUGUUUAUGCUGCAAGCUUGAUGUUGUAAAUAUUUCUAUGCGAUCCAAAGCACAGAAAGCAGUACAAUAUUUGGUAUUUUGCUCAUGGAAGGACUCGUUAGUUGUUUAUUAUUACUCGUUGAAAUUGAUAAAAAAAAUGUAUUCUAGCCAGUUUUAAGUAUUACGCCAAGCAGGCGGUCACUGCAAAUAAAAUCUGUUGUAAACAGUAAAAUUAAUUGUAAUACGUGUUUCAUUCAACAAUAGCAAUCUUUUUGGCAACAUGUCGCAAAUGACAGACUGUCGGACAAGAUCCUUGGUGACACUUCUCCGAUGUUAUCGCAGUGAGAACCUAUCGUGACACUAACAUCAUCGACUCAGAUCACUCCCUGGUGAUGGUUAAAUAGGGUAAACAGGUAUAAUAUGCCCCCCCUAAGCAGAAAUGGCAAUAUAUCUGAAACUGGCGCCUUAUUCCAUCUAUUGUUCACUGCAAAUCGUUGUUACUAAAGUUAGUGAAGUGUUGCAUGCGAACUUUGCCUUUGGAGAGGUGGCUAUGGAAGCUUUGAAACGUUUUUCGAAAACGUUCCAAAAUUUGCCUUUUCAAAACAAACGGGGCAAUACGCCCCAUCAA